CAGAUUCCAUCAAUAUGCGGUUGACCGCAAAGGCCACUUGAACAAUGCAAAGUGCCCACCAAGCGCGCCAUCAAAGUCCGCAGAACAUCAGCGCCAAUAUCACGUUCACCUUCGAGUUCUACACGAACGAAACGGCCGAUUGGGGCCCGAGGCGCGACCCCCUCUACAUAGUGAUACCCAUCAGCGUGGUGUACGUGAUCAUAUUCCUGAGCGGCAUCCUCGGCAACGUGAGCACCUGCGUGGUCAUAGCCAGGAACAAGUGCAUGCACACGGCCACCAAUUACUAUUUGUUCAGCUUGGCAGUUAGCGAUUUGCUCCUGCUGGUCUCCGGCCUGCCGCCCGAAAUUUACUCCAUAUGGUCCAAGUAUCCCUAUGUUUUCGGAGAAGCUUUUUGCAUCUUGCAGGGUUUGACCGCUGAAACCUCCGCCAACGCCACAGUGCUCACGAUAACGGCCUUCACCGUGGAACGCUACGUGGCCAUUUGUCACCCGUUCCUAUCGCACACAUUAUCGAAAUUGAAUAGAGCCGUAAAAUACAUUAUACUCAUAUGGGCCAUAGCCGUCGGACUCGCCGUACCGCAGGCCAUGGCAUUCGGAAUAGUAUGCGAAGUCUUAGCUAACGGCUACAUAGUCGAGGACCACUGCAUGUGCAUGAUCAAGCGGGAAAUCGUCCCGCACACGUUCCUGAUAUCGACGUUGCUGUUCUUCGUGGCGCCGAUGUCGCUGAUCACGGUGCUGUACAUCUGCAUCGGGCUGCAGCUCCGCCGGUCUACCGUCGCCUCGGCCAGAGGCAGCGUGAGGUCCAAGCAACAGAAGGUCUACAAUCCGGUGGUGACGUACGUGCACCCCUCGGCGCAGGUGCUGGUGCUCAACAGGAGGCAGGAGGCGCGCCAGCAGGACGAGGAGGGCCGGAAGAAUUUCUCCAAGAACUCGCAGGCCACCAAGCACGUGGUGAAGAUGUUGGUGGCUGUGGUGGUGGCCUUUUUCAUAUGUUGGGCGCCCUUUCACGCCCAACGCCUCCUAGCCAUCUACGGCGGGAGCGUGGAGGCGGAGAAGAGCUCCUACAUGAUCAUGGCCUUCCGAAUACUGACGUACAUAAGCGGCAUAUUCUAUUACAUCUCGACGACGGUGAAUCCUCUCCUCUACCACAUUAUGUCGAACAAAUUCAGGGAAGCCUUUAAGAAAACCUACAAGCAAAUCUGCAGGAAAAGCCACCAGCUUCCUGCAGGUAGGUGUUACUCGACAUUGUCUGGUCACCAACAGUCAUACAGCGAUUCUUACAGUGGCGGCGGGUGGGCGGGAGGCGGUUCGUUGCGCUACUUCGAUGAUUCGGUAGCGAUGCGUUUGCACGACCACCGACGCCCGCUGGUCGUCUCCUUCAGGAAGCACAAGAGGACGCCGUCGCGGCGCCAGGAGGCGGCGCCGCCCGCCGGCUCGCCGCUGCGGCUCAGAGAAAACGGCGCCGCCUCGCCUGCCUCGUCGCCCGGCCUGCCCAGGUUGAACGAAUGCGAUUUCAAAAGUUGCGCUGGGAAAAUGAGACCAUCAUUCACCUUUUCGAGUCCGCUGGGAGCCGAGAGGGUGGUGAUAGAAAAAUCCCGUUCGUUCGUCAAACACCGAUCGACGUCGGAGUUCCAGGAUAUUUUGAAUUGUUUGGACAACGAGGAUGAUCGCUAUAUCGAUUCGCACUACUGGAGCGAGUCCGGCAAACACAAUGGCAGGAAAUCGGAGAGUGGAAGAGACUCCGAGACGAAUUGCAGUUACAUUGAAGUGCAUACGUUGAGGCCUAAGCAUAUUUGUCCAUUGAGUAAUAACGUUCAGUAGAUUUGCGAUUUUGCCAAUGAUUUAUUUUGCUGGAAAAUUUAAGGGAAGUGGAGAUGUGUGCGAUUAUUCGCGAGAAAAUGCUACCUAGUGAUUUUUUAUUUCUCUAAUUUUAAUUAGAAAAUGAAAUUAUAUAGGGUGUAUUUUGUAUAAUGUCUCCCACAAAGCUAAACGUGGCUCUAAAUCUAACUUGUGAUUACUGUACUUAAAGUAAGCAAGCUUUACAUGAAUGUGUAAUAUACUUAUACUAAUUUUGUAUACAGGGUAAUUCUUAAAUGUAAUAUUUAUUUCUCAAUGUUUUAAAAACACUAUAAUAUUCAUCUUAAAGUUGAGUACAAUCGCCUGAAAUUCGCUUGAACUGUGAUUAUCGACCAUCUAAGAUUUAUUAAAUUAAAUACUCAAAAUAUGUUGCCAAGGGAAGAGAGAACUGAUAUUUAUACACAACUUUAAGCUGGAUGCCAUAAAAUCCGCCCCGAUUGGGGUUUGUGUUCUAAUCUAUCAUAGAAUUACUCGACAUUUUCGAAAUUAUCGAAGACAAAUCACCCCGCUUAUUGCGAUAUUUAGCGUUCGAUAACAAUUUUAAACGAAUACAUAAAUGUGAUGUUAUUUCCGAUCCCCACUUUUCAAACGAUUAAUCGACGUUUGAAAAUCAAAAUGGCCUAUCUGUCGGUUAAGUCGAAUUCCAAAUAAAUUAUAUUCGUAUGUUAUUAAUAUUACUGAUAUUUGUAAAUGUGAGAAAAUAUGUGUAAAUAUGUCUAAUUUGUGAUUCUAUAUGUUCGAGCACGUACAAUGACCGUUCGUUUAUUGAAAUGUAAAUGUUAAACGACAAUAAUUGUUAGACAAAUCGAAUGUUUAAUCAAAACGAGCAGAUUAGUGGAGGAGAAUUUCGAUGAGAGAAAAUGUGGUCAUUGCAUGAAUGGCUUUUUUAUUUAAUCAGUUUGCCAAUAAAGUGCAAAACUCGUACUUAUUUAAUUAAAAUCAUAAAUAAUCAAAUUUGUUAACUUGGUAACUUGUUAUUUAAUUAUUUUUGUAAGAGAGUUUAGGUUGUGUUAAAAAUAAGUUGUUAUAGCUGUAAAUAUUCGAAUUUUAAUUAUUACAUUUAAGUGUAUUUUAUGUAUAUUUUUAUGGAAUUUACUGUGAUACGCGUCAUUUAAAAGUAGUUCAAAUACAUUGUUGUCUGUUAAUACAUUAUCAAUAAACUAUUUAAUUUGAUAUUAAUUUGUACAUACCAGCAGAUAAAUGAUUUGUUAUCAGGAAUAUAUGGGUUAAAAUAAUACUAGGAAACGUUAGGGAAAAUACCUAUGCAUUUGAACAAUCAAUACAGUAAAUAAUAUCUUCUAUCUUCUAGGGAACAAGAUUGGUUACGGGUGGGCAGCAAAUUCCAGCGUAACUGAAACAAAUUCAUAUAUAUGAACAAAACUACAAAAAAUAAUAAAUCCACAACUCACUUAUUUUGUACAAUGCAAGAAACGCUUUCAUAGGCUUGGAAAUCCGUCAAUAACGAAUAAACAUGAGGACACUGAGAAAGCAAAGUACAAGUACCGAUUUCUGUGUUAUUUUUCGGCGUUCCGGUACAAUUUUCUGUCCCUAAAAUGGAUACGUGCUCACCCAGAUCGACCAGA